AUGAACGACACAACAGCAACAGACCUUCAGCUCUCCGUGCUGCAAGGUGCUCCAAUGGCGGUGACCAAGAAUAUUCCUUACCUUCCGAACGAGGUCAUGUACAUGAUUACCGAACACGUCGACGAUGAGGACCUUAUGAAUCUCAGACUGUCGGCCAAAGUCUUCCGCGACGGUGCGGCUACUCGAUUUGCAACAACCUUUUUCGAAGAGCGCGCCUACGAGCUGUCACCAGAGGGGCUCACUGACCUCCUCGAAAUCACCAUGCACCCGACCUUCGCUCAUCAUAUCAGGACUGUAAUAAUUGGUCACGGCGGGAAGCACUCUACUGCACAUUAUCACGACCUGAUCCAGAGGGCGUUCAGAAAUCUCGCCGCUCUCGGCAACACCAUUUCUAUCGGUCUUCGUCGUGUGAAGACUUUCCACAAUUACCAGCCUAAAUCCUACGCGGGCUGGUGUCAUAUGAUCAGAUUCCUCGAAGAGAAGAUGCUGCCUGCCGCAGAACGUACCAAGCUGUCUCUUGGCCGACUAAGACGCAUCUCUCUCGACGUCAAGAACAAGAUCAUCAGAGGCUCUCACGUAGGCUCUGCCGAGUUCCUGUGGUAUUUGCCGAGCGUCAGCAUCGCAGACCUUCGCGAACUCCACCUCGAGGGCUGUUCUGUGCGUGCAGAGUACCUCAUUUCCCUAUUCACAGCAUUCGGGGACCGUCUUGAGUUCACGUCCAUGGCCUCCCGUGAAGUCUUGAAGUCAUGUAAAUUCGACGCCGUCAAUGCUAGCGAGUGGGAAGAGGACGAUGAUGAGGGUUCAGCCACUAUCGAAGCGAACACGUCAGCCGAGGCUGCGGUUGCUCUCUACAACCUCGCCAACAGGUCCACUUGA